AUGCAUUAUUUAAAGACAUUCACCAAAGAUGAAGCACACCAGCUUAUUGGAAACAUGUCAUCCACUGAUGAGUCAUUUGAGCCCGCAUGGAACUUUUUGAAAAGCCGCUAUUCCAAUCCUCGCCGCGUUGUAUCAUCACAUCUUGAAGACCUGCUGGUUGGUGAGUCUGUUCCCGCUAGAUCAGCCGCUAAAUUGGAUUCCUUGUUACUAUCCAACCAAAAGGCUCUGGAUUCCAUCAAGGCACAAGGAGUUCCAGUAGAUCACUGGGACCUCAUAAUCAUACACCUGACGCUACGCCGCUUGCCGCCCGCCGUUAGAGAAGAUUGGGAGACCAGCCUGGGUCUUACUGAUAACAUGCCGACUUACGUUCAGCUCCACGAGUUUCUCAAGUCCAAAGUCAGGGCUUGGGAGAACUUGGAACCCGCUUCGGGACCCAAAAAGCAAUCUGAAGGUCAUAAAUCCGGAGACUCACGCAGUAAUAAACCUCAGAAGACAACAUCCUCUUACACCGCUACUCAAUACAAAGCAAAGCCCAGAAGAAAUUGCCCGCUGUGCCCUGAGAAACAUUACAUGUUGUUCUGUCCAAUCUUUAAGGCCGCUACUUUGGAGGAACGAAUCGACAUAGUCGAAAAAUACCGCCUGUGCUACAAUUGCUUGGGCCCGCAUCGCGUCGCUGAUUGUAAGACCGCUCAAGGAUGCAGGAAGUGCAGUCAACGUCAUCAUACUUCCAUCCAUCGAGAUACACCGCCUAAAUCUGCACCACAGACACUUGCAGACAACGCACAAGAUCCGCUUUCCGCUCAAGUAUUGCUAGCUACCGCUUUAGUCCAGGUCCGCCCACAUCAUGGUAAUCCAAUCACCGCCAGAGUGUUGAUUGAUCAAGGUUCAGAGCUCUCAUUUAUGAGACAGUCGUUCUUCAAGAAGCUUGGACAACCGCUACAGCGUGACAUGGUCAUGCUCAAGGGCAUUGGCAAUGUCUCCGCAGGAAGCUCACUAGGUGUGAGCACAAUUGAGCUUCGUUCGCUGUGUACGACCGCAUCAAUGCAUGUCAGCAUGCAUAUUCUACCAACACUGACGGUAGAUCUUCCAUCGUUCGUGAUCGCUGAUCCGAAAUGGCCGCAUCUUGAGAAUCUCAAGCUCGCUGACCCGCAGUAUCUACAGCCACGCCCUGUAGAUAUUAUUCUAGGUGCAUCACCAGCCGCACAGAUUAUGAACGCAGAGAUUCAACGAGGACCUCGCAAUGCUCCUAUUGCACAAUCCACCACGCUUGGUUGGAUUGUCUAUGGAGCUGUCACCGCUAAACACGCUUCAACAUCACACGCAGCACUACAUGCGUCAGUAGAUACUGAAUUACAAGACGCUAUCGCUAAGUUUUGGGAACAGGAAGAAGUUCCAUCAGGAAAUUCACCGCUAAACACCGCUGAAGAAGACGAAUGUGAAAUUCACUUUCGUCAAACACAUUAUCGACAGCCUGAUGGACGCUACGUAGUGAGAUUACCGCUUAAGGCCCUUGAGAGUCAACUUGGCGACUCUAUCAACGCAGCUAUGGGGUCACUCCGCAGAUUAAUAACUCGCUUGUCGCGAGAAAGAGAAUAUUCUGACAUGUAUCGUGCAUUCAUGGCAGAAUACAUUCAACUAGGACACAUGGUACGAGUACCAGUCAACCAAUUGCCCGCAAACGCUUAUUUCUUGCCUCACAAUGAAGUAUUGAAGCUUGAUAGUGCCACUACGAAGCUCCGCACAGUGUUCAAUGGUUCCUGUGCAACAUCUACAGGAAUUUCAUCGAACGACAUUCUCCACGCAGGACCCAAAACGCAAAUUGACAUUUUUGACAUGAUGUUGAGAAUCUGCUGCAACAAGAUUCUAUUCGCUACUGACAUCACCAAGAUGUUCAGACAGAUUGAGGUCGACUCGCAUGAUUGGCCGCUUCAGUGCAUUCUCUGGAUAGAUGAGAAUAACUUAAUAGACGCUUACUGUCUCAAGACAGUCACAUACGGAACCGCUAGUGCACCUUUUGACGCAGUACGUGUGCUUAUCCAACUAGUAAAGGAUGAAGGACACCGCUUUCCGCUAGCUGUUGCUCCAAUGUUGAAAACACGCUACGUAGAUGACAUCUACGGUGGAGCAGACAACGAAGAAGACGCUAUCAAGGCUGCAGUACAAACAAAAGCUCUGUGUGCAGCAGGCUGCUUCCCGCUCGCCAAAUGGGCUAGCAAAAGCCCACGGUUACUCGCUGAAGUCGCUCCAGAAAAGCAGCUGGAUACACCGCUUAAAGAAAUCAGUGAUGCACCAGUAAAAGUCCUGGGCAUGUACUGGAAUUCACGCACUGACGCUCUCCAGUUCAAGUACACGCUACCGCCAGAGACGCCCAAGACAAAAUAG